AUGCCCCGACCCUUUGGAGAUAUCCUAGACCUAGGUGCAUUCUCUAGAGAGCCACCGCUAGCUGCCGAAAGAAAUCUUUCACACCUAAUCACAUCUCCCGCGAGUGUACUGAAAGAUAGAAAGGGCAGCCAUUCGCAGCCCGUCAACGUCAAGAAGCGGAAGCGAGCGAAUGAAGAAAACAACUCUAUCGGAAUUCAUCAUGCGGAACCACCGACACCGGAAGAAGUGCAAAGACGCUUAGACGAGGCCAAGGAGACGUUAUAUGGCGUCAUGGACCGCAUUUUGGACGGCCAGCCGCUUGGUUAUUGUUACGGGUAUCUAUACCAAUUGGUGGAGCGGGUUUGCAAAUUCAAGCAUGCGGAAAUGAAGAACGUGGCCACGGUCCUAUUUGACAAAAUUGAUGGUUGUUUUGAAGGCACCACUCGACAUGAGCUCUGCGAGCCGCUUGAGGCGGCGGUGGUUUCGAUGAAGGGCAACUACAGCGAUAAGGAUGAGGAAUGCGUGCGGUUUUGUAGAGAGUUUGUGGCUCGGUGGCAUCUAUGGCGUGGCAGGUUUACGCUUUUGAGCCAGGUCUUUGCAGCCAUUGAUAGAGGUUACUUGCUGCUACAUCACACUAAGCAACGCAUUCAAGUAUACGUGCUAGAGGAAUUCAGAAAUGUGAUGCAUGUUGAAAAUUACGAGCUCUCCGGUAGUGUCCUUGACUUGAUGGAAGCUUACAAAGAACUUCAAAGAUUGCAUUACGCCAACAAGUUCAACGAUGCCAGUAUCGUUGCUGAGGAUAUCGAGCUGGUUUACAGGGACUUUAUCACAGUUUUGACGCAGUUGAUCCCCUCGGUGAUCCGCCCUGCUGGCAAGAAAAGUUUGAGCAGGCUAGAGCAAGAUGUUCAAAACGGGAUCUUGGAACAAGUGGGUGCCAACAUGCCGUACAUCUAUAAAAACUAUAACCUUGGUCAGAUUUUCUUGCUAAUGGACCAAGAAAUCAAGUUUUACUCACAAUGUGACUUGUCCCCGCAAUUUACCAGCAGCUUGUUCUCGCACAUGAAUUGGAAGAUCAUAUUUGCGGAAUACAGCCAGUUUGAGCAAAUUGUGAGGGGACAAUUUGCAGAAAUAUUAGCCUCCCCCAAGACAAUGAAGAUGUUGCUCCGGGUCUGCUUGGAUGUCGAGGUAUCGCACGGGCUAGAGGGGACUCGUAACUUGAAACAUUUGUGGAUCGAGCACUGCAAGGGGGUUCUACAACAAGGGAUUGAGGACUACAGAAUGCACAAAGUGGAUACAGAGGAAUUCCCGAGUUUUAUCCACUAUGGCGUGGACAUAUUCAACACAUUUGAAAAGUUCAAUGGCGACUAUUUUAAGGACAAGAAAUUGUUUGAUGGCCUGCUCCGCACUGCUUUGGAGGAAGCCGUUAAUGCACCUGGGUGCAACGUGUUUGUCAUCCAGCUGUUGUGCAAAUUUUGCGAUACCUAUUUCAAGUCUAAAUUUAAGAGCUAUUCGCGGUUGAAAAGUGGCACGCAGUUCCUGGAUAUUCGCGAGCAGGCGCUUUUAAUUUUCAAGAGUUUAAAGAAUAAAGAUGAUUUUCUAGCUGCCCAUCGCAAGGAAACGUCGAGGAGAUUAAUCUUGGGGAAAUCGCCCAGAUUCGAAGAGGAGUACGCGUUGGUGAAGGAAUUUGUGGCCUUGAGUGUAGAAACGGAAACGUCGCAGGGGCUCCUUUCCAUGCUCGAGGAGAUUGAGCAAUCCAACAAGCUCAAACGGGAAUUUUGGCACGAAAAGGGCGACAUUAUUGAGUUUUCGCCGCUCGUGUUGGAGAAAAAGAGCUGGCCCGAUAUACCGAGCGACGACAAAGUUGAUAUUAAACUCCCGCUUCAACUCGAAGACAUAUUGAAUAGAUUUGACGAUUUUUACCGCACGGAGGACAGGCGGAAUCGGAACAAGUUGUUGGACUGGACCAAUUAUAAGCUCCACCAAUUGACAAUAACUGGCAACUUUGCAAGUGGGCCCGUUGAAAUCUCGGGCAACUUGCUCCAAGCUGUCGUGAUCUUGAUGUUCUGUGACCAGUCCACCUAUGACUUGGACCAGUUGCUGAGCAAAGUGAAUAUGGACGUCAAGCUCUUACAGGCAGUGCUCAACACCAUGAACCUGGGCAAAUGCAAGAUUCUAACACAACGGAAUAACAAGAUUUCAUACAACUCCCAAUUCAAAGCUACCAUGUCCAAGAUCAAACUUGCCAUGAUCAAAGAACAGCAACCUGUGCGAGGCUCAGGCGCCAACUCAGGCGCCAACUCAGGUCCCAACUCGAGGGAGAAAUCGCUUGAGACCGAAGUUGCUGAAAUAGUCCAGCAAAACAGAAGCGAAGAGUACAGAAGCGUGCUCGUGAAGAUCAUGAAGCAGGAGAAGAGCCUCGCGGUUGCCGACUUGCUAAACAAAGCCAUCGACAUCUUGCAAAUGCGGAGGCCUGUGUCGAUUCCAGAUUUACAGUCGAGCGUCGACGAGUUGAUCAAAAGUGAGUAUCUACACCGUGUUGAGGGUCAAAUCAAGUACGUUCCUUAA